AUGUCAAAUGAAGAUUUUGCAUUAUCAAGUCUCGCACAGUGUGAAUGUUCACGUAAACCUAACCCUAGCGAAGCUAAUUUAAUUGAUUUUCUUAAUGUUAUAAAUAAUUUAACUAAUUUACAUGUACGACGCCCUUUACUCACAUUGAAAGUAAAAUUCUAUUAUGCUAUAUCUAUUCAUUUUUAUUGUUUUUGUCUUGUAAUUCCCCUAUUCAUCAUUUCUUUGUUGUUUUCUAUUCCAUUUUUGCAGGAUCAGUACGACAAUUUAGCCAUACACACAAAUAAAGGCAUUGAAUUCUUGGACAAAUAUGCAAAUUUUAUACGUGACCGUUUAACGAUAGAAACAGAAUAUGCCGCCAAAUUAAGGCGUUUAGUGAAAAAUUAUCAGCCUAAGAAAAAAGAAGAAGAAGAUAACGAAUUCACAUCAUGGCAAGCUUUCCGUAAAGUUCUCAAUGAAAUCAGUGACUUGGCUGGACAACGGGAAGUUGUUGCUGAAUCCCUGCAAUUACAAAUUAUACAAGGCAUUUCAUUGCUGUCCAAAACUCUGCGGGAAGAGCGAAAAAAAUGCCUCUCCAAUGGUACAAUUUUACAUCAAAACCUCACCACACAACUGGCUGCAUUGGAACGGGCCAAACGUAACUAUGAGAAAGCUUAUCGUGAUUCGGAAAAAGCUGUCGAAAACUACAAAAAGGCUGAUAUGGAUCUGAAUUUAAGUCGAGCUGAGGUCGAACGUUACAAGAACAUUAUGACAGCCAAAAUACAACAGUCAGACGAUGCAAAGAAUGAAUAUGCCAAUCAAUUGCAGAAAUCAAAUAAUUUACAACAACAGCAUUAUCAUGAACUAUUACCGGAGGUAUUUAAUCGACUGCAAGAAUUGGAUGAAAAACGCACCCGAGGUAUACGGGAAUUUAUUAUUGGUGCUGCCGAUGUUGAAUCCUCUGUUGCACCCAUAAUAGCCCGGUGUCUGGAGGGUAUGGUAAAGGCCGGCGAAUCAAUCAAUGAAAAAGAAGAUUCAUAUAAGGUUAUCGAAAGAUAUCAAUCUGGUUUCACACCACCAGGCGAUAUACCUUUCGAGGAUUUGUCAAAAAUGGAUACUCUUGAUACAUCGCAAGAAUCCCAUUAUAAUCAUGUACAGUCGAGUCAUUUAACUGUUAAGGGUACCAUAAGUGCUAAUAAAAUUAAGAAGCGAGUGGGGAUAUUCAAUAUUUUUGGCAGUAAUAAGAAUUCUCUAACUGCGGACGGACAAAAGGAAGAUUUCAGUGAUCUGCCACCCAAUCAACGACGUAAAAAACUGCAAGCCAAAAUUGCCGAACUACAACAGAAGAUACAACAGGAAACGGCGGCACGUGACGGUCUCAUGAAAAUGAAAGUGGUCUAUGAAGCCAAUUCAUCGUUGGGCAAUCCCAUGACCGUUGAGGGACAACUCAAUGAAUCCGAACACAAGCUGGAGAAAUUAAAAAUGGAUUUGAAAAAAUAUCAAGGUUAUUUGGAGAAAGCCAAUCAAAUACCCAUUGCAAAUAAUAGCCCGCAAGCGAAUCGUACACACAGUAUGAACAAUGGCCAUCGAUCGUCAAGGCAUUCCAACGGUAGUACCGAGGACAACAAUUACGAUGGUGAUUUCCAACCAGACGAUGCUGGUAGUUUAAGCAGGUCAGAUUCUGAGGAUAAUGUGGCGCAAAUUCAAAAUGGCCAUAAUAAUAACAAUAACGGCAGUUCGGCAAGUCCUGAAAGUGGCUUGGGUACAUCACACACAUCAUUGCCCGGUUCGGGACAUGGUAGUACACACGAGAAUGCAAUGGGAGAAGAUGCCUAUUAUGAAACAGAAAUGGAACCUCUACAACCGCUAGGAACGUGUCGAGCUUUAUAUCCAUUCGAAGCCACAAGUGAAGGUAGCAUACCCAUGAGCGAAGGCGAAGAAUUACAAGUGAUUGAAAUUGAUCAAGGUGAUGGUUGGACGCGUGUGCGUCGCAUUAACAACACAAAUGGCUGGGAUGAAGGUUUUGUGCCCACAAGUUAUAUUGAAUGUACACUAUAUGCUUAAGUCAACCAACACACACCCACAACA